GGGUCUGAGCUGGCCGUCCCGCCCUCCGCCCACGCUCCCCUGCUUCCGCUCUCUCUUCCUUCUGUGGCCUUGCCUUUCUCCGCCGUCCCCCCCCUUCUUUGGUUCACCCCGCGUCGGUCUUCCACCUCACCUUUCGAGCUGGCCGCCGCUUGCUGUGCGCAGUUUCGGGGGACUGGACCUUCCCUGGCUUUUAGCAGCGCCGAGCCCCGACCGUCUGUCUGCUGGCCAGGGACCGAUUCCCGAUUCCGGGAGGGCUGGGUGGGCUCCGUGCAGCCGCCCGCCUGGGCUCAUGAGGACGUGUUGCUGAUUUUGGUGUACUUCAAGCCAUCUCCAGGUGUGAGGACAGGAUGUUUGCUAGAGGGCUGAAGAGAAAAUAUGGUGACCAGGAAGAAGGAGUAGAGGGUUUUGGCACUGUCCCUUCCUAUAGCCUGCAGCGACAGUCACUCCUGGACAUGUCCCUUGUCAAGCUCCAGCUCUGUCACAUGCUAGUGGAACCCAAUCUCUGCCGCUCGGUCCUCAUCGCCAACACAGUCCGGCAGAUCCAGGAGGAAAUGAGCCAGGAUGGUGUGUGGCAUGGGAUGGCACCCCAGAAUGUAGAACGGGCACCAGUUGAGCGCCUGGUGUCCACAGAGAUCCUGUGUCGUACAGUGAGGGGACCUGAGGAAGAGCACCCCGCUUCUGAACUGGAAGAUGCUCCCUUGCAAAACUCAGUUUCCGAGCUCCCCAUCGUUGGCUCAGCACCAGGGCAAAGGAACCCUCAGAGCAGCCUCUGGGAGAUGGACAGCCCACAAGAAAACAGGGGAAGCUUUCAGAAGUCACUGGACCAGAUAUUUGAGACCCUGGAGAACAAAAACUCUAGUUCAGUGGAGGAACUCUUCUCAGAUGUGGACAGCUCUUACUAUGACCUGGACACAGUGCUAACAGGAAUGAUGAGUGGGACCAAGUCCAGUCUCUGCAAUGGCCUUGAGGGCUUUGCUGCAGCUGCCCCUCCUCCCAGUUCUACUUGCAAGUCUGACCUGGCUGAGCUGGACCAUGUGGUAGAGAUUCUGGUGGAGACCUGAGAGGCCACCCCAGUGGGCUAAGGGUGAGGCCACCAGUCCCCAUGGAGCUCACGUGUGUUGUGACCCAGAGACAGAUAAGCACUUGUCCUAAGAGGGGCUCUGGCUCUUGAGCCAGGAUCCCCACCUCUGUCUGACUAUGAAAAUAUCCUGGACAGAUUUUCCUCUGCAAGGAUUGCAGCCCUGGAGCUGCUGCCUUCGGGCUAGUUCCCUGGGGAGGCCAGAACAGAUGCCAGCCAUCUCAAGGAACUGAGCUCUCUGAAGGCCUCUGGACCCUGGGCUCAUUAUCCUUUUGUGUGACAUUGGACUCACUGUGGAGGAUGGUGUGUCACAGCUAUGUCUAGUCUAUUUUCAAUUAGAUAGGUGAACUUUCUAAAAUUAAGUUUUAUAUGUUUUGGGCAAUAUUUUGUCUUAAGAUAUAUUUUUUAAACUUUUUAUACUUUAGAUUUUUUUCAGCUAUUUUCUUAAAAGUAUAUUUUUUCUACAAACAUCCUCUGCUGCUACAUUAGAAACAUUAUAACCUAAAUACGAUUGGUGUGUGUCAUUUUAAAAGUUUAAAUAGAAAACGUCUUUUGUUACUGAGUCUCUACACUCCCAAGGCAACUGUAAAUGUAGCCUGUGUGUUUACAUGGGAGGCUCCAAUAUGGUCUACAUUCUAGUAGAGCUUGGAAAAAGAACCAUGCGCAGCUCCACUGCCCCUCACUGGGUCUGCUCUGCCGGAUCCGAGCCCUUCGUGUGCAGGAUGGCUUUAUUUAUGCCUAUUUAUAUGUAAAUGCCAUUGAAAGCUAAGGUCUUACUCCUGGAAAUCCCAACACCAGUUCUUCAGGGACUGCUGUGAGGCAGUGCCUUAUGCUGGUCUUGUCCUUGGCCAUCACUGUCUGGUUCCCAGCCCAGCACGUGUGACAUGAGGACAUGACAUGCCCUCACUACCCAGCGCCACAUGCUCCAUGUUAAGUGUGUAUGUGGAGACCACUGGCUCCCAGGCCUGUGUGCUCAGAGAGGGUGUGCAGUCCCACAUGUGCUGGGGGAGAGACCUGUGCUUGCUUGGUUGCUUGCUUUUAAAAUGGUGCUUACACGUUUUAAGGUUAAAAACAAUCUGACUCCAUAUGAUUUAGGGCUCCUCCACCCUGGGAUGGCCCCUAUGCUGUCUGCUUGGAUCUCAAGGUCUUGGUACUCGAUCACUAUCAGACUCCACCCCAUGCAUCCUUUUUCUCUUGUGCUUUUUUUGGACUUCCCAACCUGAGCCUAAGAGGUUUUAUUUUAUAUGUGCUUCAAUAUCAACAAUGUAAACCUCACUUUAUUAAAAGUAUCCAGCAAA